AUGCAGUCCUCGAACAGACUCAAAGUCGCCCUGGCGCAGGGUCGACAGGCCUUUGGCGCCUGGCAGAUGCUGCCGGGGGCCAACAUCUCCAGGCUCCUGGCUCGGACAAACGCCGAUUGGGUUUGCGUGGACUGUGAACAUGGCAACAUGGACGAUGGAGCUAUGCAUGAUGCCGUUCCUGCUAUCGCGGCUCUCGGAGUCUCCCCAAUCGUUAGACUCCCAGAUAUGCAGUCUUGGAUGGUCAAGCGUGAGUGGACCUUGCUGGAUGAUUUUGAGAAGUGCGAUGCUGAUGUUCUUGUAGGCGCUCUGGACUGCGGAGCUCAUGGUAUCCUCGUACCGCUGCUACGCACCGUCAAGGAAGCUGAGGAUCUGGUCCAGGCUGCCAAGUUCCCCCCGCUCGGCCGACGAGGUUUUGGCUCGCCCAUCGCCAUGGAGCGCUUCAGCCCCAUGCCCACCUUCACGCAGUACCUGCAGCAGGCCAACGACACGCUCCUGACCAUUGUGCAAAUCGAGACCCAGGAGGCCCUCGACGCUGUAGAUCAGAUUGCGGCGGUUGAUGGCAUUGACGUGCUCUUCAUUGGACCUUUUGAUCUAGGCAACAACAUUGGCCAUCCCAUUGUCGGAGCAAUGGCACCGGAGCUGAAGGCCGCCCUGGCUAAGAUCCUGGAGGCCAGCCACAAAGCCGGCAAGAAGUGCGGCAUCUACUCUACAGGGGGCGAGCAGGCAAGGCUGUUCGCCGAGCAAGGGUUCGACAUGAUCUCUUUCGCGACCGACUACACCCUCCUCGAGUCCACAGUCAAGGAUUCAUUGGCCAUCGCCUCGGGGGGACCCAAGGCCGCCAAGGGCGUGUCGUAUUAA